GCAAUACUUGAUCUCAAAACUACUAAUUAAAUGAACGAUCAGACAAUCUGUUAUCCCCGACCCGUUGUGGUCAAGCGUCUGAUUAAUGAAUAUUACAGGCUAUUGAUUGAUCCGAUUGACAAUAUCAUCGCACAUCCCAUCGAUAAUAACUUAUUUGAAUGGGUAUAUGUGUUGAGCGGUUUGCCGGACACCCCCUUUAAUGGAGGAAUAUAUUAUGGUAAACUAUGCUAUCCUUACGAUUUCCCAUUUCACGCGCCGGCGAUAUACAUGACGACCCCAUCGGGUAAAUUCAGUGCCACCGAAAAGCUGGGUAUUCCGGGUAUCAGUGAUGUGGCGCCUGAGGGCUGGUGGUUGGGAAAUACGGUGUCUCUUGUUUUGCUUACGUUAGCCGUAUUCAUGUGGGACGACAAGAGCUGUCCAUUUCCGGGCUACGAUGCGGCCUCGCUAUGGCUGCCGACCGACCAAUUAAAGCGACGCCAGAGAGAGUUGGCCGCCAAGAGCUGGUCAUUCAAUCUCAAUGAUCCCCUAUUUUGCGCACAGUUUCCACAACUCGUCGAUGUAUUUAUGCGGUCAUUGUUUUUGUUGUUUAAAAGUGAUACAACUUAUGAAAUGAAUUCUCAGACAAUCCCGAAGACUGACCUUUCGGUCACUCGUCUAAAGAAGGAAUACAAAGAGCUGUUGAGAAAUCCGAUCGACAAUAUCAUUGCACAUCCAAUCGAAGACAACUAUUUUCAAUGGGUAUACGUGUUGUUGGGUCCGUCGGACACACCCUUUUCGGGCGGCACAUACUUCGGGACUCUGUAUUAUCCGAAGAGUUACCCCUUCUCGGCACCGGCCAUAUACAUGAGGACCCCAUCGGGUAAAUUCAGUACUACAACCAAAUUAGGUAUUCCGGGUAUUAGUGACGUGUAUCCCGAGAUGUGGAGCUGUGCCUAUACGGCGUCAACUAUUUUGCUCACAUUAUCGGCAUUCAUGUGCGACCCCAAGUGCAUUGAAUUUGUUGGCAAAGAUCCCGACUUAUCACUCAAUGAGCCAAUCAAUGAAUUACAACAACGCCAGAAAGAUUUGGCCGCAAAGAGCUGGUCAUUCAAUCUCAACGAUUCCCUCUUUCAACAACACGUUUUACAAUUUGACGUAAAUUUAAUUAUGGAUUAA